AUGGACGGGUCCUUUGAAAAUCAAAAUGUAAAAAGCACGAAACGACAAUGGACUCCUGAAGAAGAUGCAUUAUUAGUGCAAGGAUUGUUGAAAUUGGUGGAUGAUGGUUGGAAGGCUGAUGCGGGCUCAUUCAAACCCGGGUAUACUAAAGUAUUGGAGAAAUAUAUUCACGACAAGUUUCCAAAUUGCACAAUAAAAGCUAAUCCGCAUAUUGAAUCAAGAGUGAAACGUCUUAAAACAAAAUAUUCUGCAAUUAGAGGCAUGUUGAGUCCAAGUGCUAAUGGCUUCGGAUGGGAUGAUACUCGAAAGAUGAUUGUAGUAGAGAAGGAGAUUUAUAGUCAAUGGUGUAAGUCUCACCCAACUGCAAUUGGUUUGUAUGGAAAACCAUUUCCACACUUUAAUGCCUUGGAUAUUGCAUUUGGAAAAGAUAAUAAAAUUUCUUCACCCACCUCCUAA